CUCGAGCAGGACGCCGCACACACUUGUGGUUUUCUGCUAAUAUAUAGACAGAGCUGAGAAAGACCGUCAGAACUCUGCAACCAGCACCAUGAAGAUCACCUGUCCAGUCCUCCUGCUGUUUGUGUUGUGCGGCGCAGGAGCAGAGGACAUGCACAGAGCAGCUGAAGGAGGGAACAUCACGGUCGAGUGUGUGUUUGACGCGACGGGAACUUUCAAACGCUUCUGCAAGAACAAGUGCAGGAAUAAACACGACAUACUGGUUGAGAUUUCUGGUUCCCAAAAGCAGAGAAAGGAGAGGGGCAGGUACAGCAUGGACUUCGUAGAGUACGUGACAGCUACGCCGUACCAGGCUGUGCUUAAAACUAUUCUGGACGUGAGCAUCACACACGUGCGCCUCUCAGACUCGGGCUGGUACAGCUGCACUCUGGACGCGUACACGUUUUGGGGGGGAAUAAACCCGCAGGUCAAAGCGUUUUGGAUUGUGAUCACCGAGGGUGCAAAGAAGUCCUCUGUGAAACCGACCUCCACUGCUCCCAGGGCCUCCACUUUUCACCAGCCCACGACUCAGCAGAUUUUCACCGCACCGUCUGAGGAAGAGGAGGAAGAACAACACACCACGCAGAGCCAGAAGACGACUACUGCUUAUUCAGGACACACAGGUCCCAGUCGUCUGCUGUGGCUGUUGUUCACUCCUGUGUUUGUGCUGAUGACGUCUGUGCCGCUGAUCCUGAUCUGCAGAAAGAAGAGGACACGAAAUGCACCGUCCACACCUCCUGUUCCUGCUGGUGUUGUUCCCUCUCUCCACACUCAGACCUCCUCCAGUCCUGAGCAGCAGGAGCUCAGCACCACUGCAGCCGCUGGUUUAAGCUCUUCCUCCCUGAGCUCCUCUGAGAGCUCCUCCAGUCCCUCUGAGCAGCAGCAGCACACUUCCUCUGUGUCCUCUGGUGUACUGCUGUCUGUGUGUGGGGCUGCUGGGCUGAGCCUGCUCUUACUCACUGUGUUUAUCCUUUACGCCAAAAAGAGACGCACUCACUCACAAGAAGCAGCCGAGGGCACAGAGCGAGCUCACACACAGGUGGAAGACUGUGAGGACGUCUCAUACUCUGAGGUCCGUUUUAAGAGUCGACGCAGCGCCUCCCAGUGUCAGACUGAGGCAGUGAUCUACACAGCACUUCGGGUGCAGACUGAAGAAGCUUCUCUUUCUCUCUCUCUGAGUCUUUCUAAGAAAGAAAAUUUAUUGUAUUAAAGAAUCAACUAAAACAAACACAAGUAAAAAAAAAAAGGUUCAAGUGCUUUUUGUUAAUAAAGUGAGCUUUUUGUAAACUCAGACAUUGUCAAAUUAAAUCAGACUGUAAUAUUAUUUAAGAAAUAUGAGAGAUGUUCA